UAAGUUCGAAACAUACGGCCUCACAUGUAGUUGUUACGAAGGCCCGUAGUUCGAUUCAUCAUCGAUACACUUGCCACUGUAUUUUGAAAGUUUUUUGCUGGUUGGUAGUUGUGCAGACAAGUAGAUAUUUUGGUUGUUUUCCUUAUCGUCAGGACAAGUUUUCUCUUCUGUUAUUUUGCGGAUCAAAGUGAAGAAGGCCCAUUUUUUGCAGUCAACAGUAAAUGUCAUUACAGUUCAGUUAUGGCUGGUGACAAACUGCCGAGUGUGGAGCUGUAUGAGAACAGCCCCACCAAGAAGGUCAAUCUUUCAGAGCUGACAAAGGGAAAGAAAGUUGUGAUCUUUGCAGUCCCCGGAGCCUUCACGCCUGGCUGCUCCAAGACUCAUCUCCCAGGAUAUGUAAGCAAGGCAGAUGAACUGAAACAGAAAGGCAUAAAGGAAAUAGUCUGUGUUUCCGUGAAUGAUCCGUUUGUUAUGGAAGCCUGGGGUAAAGAACACAAAGUGGAUGGAAAAAUUCGAAUGCUUGCUGAUCCCAAUGCUGCAUUCACAAAAGCUGUAGAUCUGUCGACUGACUUGCCACCACUGGGCGGAACUCGAUCAAAGCGAUAUUCAAUGGUUGUUGAAGAUGGCGUUGUUAAGUCCAUUAAUGUGGAACCUGAUGGCACGGGACUAACGUGUUCAUUGGCUGACAAAAUUAAUUUAAAUGUCUAAGUUCUUGUGGUUGCUGGAGUUGGGGUUGUAAUGCAUCACAGUAGGCAGGAUGUACAAAAUUAAUCAGCCAGUGACAGCCUCUGUUUUUAAUUCUUGGCUAAUUCUGUGAAUGAAAUGUUCAACCAGUGUAAUGCCGUGAAGAAUUUUAGUGCAUUGUAAUGUACAUCACAAUAAAUUGCUUGUAAGUUGGUCAUAAAUAGGCUAUUUAGAGUACACCAAUACACUUGUUACUUAAAAAUAACUUCAUAAAAAUGUGCCGGAAAUAUCAACUGCAAUUGGAAUUUGUGUAUAAAGAAAUGCAUUCUUAUACUUAACCACAUUCUGGUGGUAGAAGCCAGAAAGCAAUGAUAAUACAUGUAAAUUUGCAUUGUGG